AUGCUUAGAUGGCGAGGGUCUAUAUGGAAAGCUGUAUUAAAAGAUUUAAUUGGAUUUUAUAUUGCUUAUUAUGUUAUUCUUUAUGUUCAGUGGGGAUUAAUGGACGAAAAACAAAAAGAAUAUUUUACUGGAUGGAUUAAAUGGUGUGAAAUAGGUACUCAAUAUAUUCCUCUUUCUUUUCUGCUUGGUUUCUUCGUAGCUGUUGUUGUUGCUCGUUGGUGGGAACAAUUUAAUUGGAUUAGUUGGCCAGACAAAUUAAUGAUGACAGUCUCAACUUGUUUACCCGGAAAAGAAAAUUUAGAAGUAAGAAAAACAAUUGCUAGAUGGUCAUCUUUACAGUCAGCAAUUGCUUGGACUGGAAUUUCUGUUAGAACAUUAAAAAGAUUUCCAACAGAAAGACAUUUAGUUGAGAGUAAAUUAAUGACUGAAGAAGAAUAUGAUUUAUAUAUGUCUGUUAAUGCCCCCCAUGGUAAAUGGUUUGUUCCUCUUCUUUGGAUUUUAAAUUUAUUAAAACAACAAUUACGAGAACGGAGAAUAGAUACUGUCCAAAUGCAAAUGUUGGUAGAUCAAUUAUACAAAUUUCGAGAUGGUUUUGCUAUGUUGUAUGUAUAUGAUUGGGUUAAAGUACCCUUAGUUUAUACACAAGUUGUUGCAAUAGCUACUUAUGGUUAUUUUUUUAUUUGUUUAAUUGGAAGGCAACCAAAAUUAGAUUCAAAAUCUAUGGAACAAGAAAUAACUAUUUUAUUUCCAAUAUUUACAACAUUCCAAAUGCUUUUUUAUAUUGGUUGGUUAAAAGUUGGACAGUUUUUAAUGAAUCCAUUUGGAGAGGAUGACGACGAUUUUGGUUUGUUUUUGGAAAUAAAAUAUUUUUUUUUAAUUUUUAAAGAAUUAAAUUAUGUACUCGAUCGAAAUACUUAUAUUGCUUAUAUGAUGGCAUCUGAAUUAGCUGAUCAAUUACCUUCUAAAAUAACUGAUGAAAUGACUGUAUUAUUACCCCAUACUAGAGCUUCAUUUAAAAUACAAGUAAACACUAAUAUAUUUAUUUGGAUAUACUAG